AUGCAGUCUGCACCGGAGGCCAAAUUCAAACGUGACAGCCUCCUGCUGGCCCUGAGGAGCUACAGCUCCACUGUGGGACGCAUGGAGCAGACGGUCCUGCUGCCUAGCCUGCUCAGGGACGUCCCCGCUGACGAGCCAUGGCGCGGCGGUGCGGUGGUGGACGACGAGCAGUCCUCCAGGGAUCUGUACAGCGACUACUUAAUGCUCAAAGCAGUCAAGAGCGUCGUGGAGAGCGGUUUGAUCCCCCUGGAGGACAGUAUGUCCAAGAAGGCAGCCCUGAGCGAGACACUGGAGGCGCUCCUGGAGCUGGACGCCGACCCGGAGACUCUCUUCCGCUUCCACCUGAGGGGUCUCUUCUCCAUCAUGAGCCAGCUCACGCAGCAGAGUCAAAGGCUGACACAGAAAUAUCUGGAGAUCAUCGGCAUCGCCAAUUAG